GAUAGAAUCGGACGUGUCGCGUUUCGAGUUGCGAUGUGAUUUCCGUGGACGCGGAUGGUCUGUACGGAUUAUAUAAGUCGAUUAGGGUCCACUUACCUUGAGGAAAAUCCUCCACGAGUGCCACCCAAUGGAUUUACUGUCUUUUUGCGAUGCCGGCCGAUCAAAUCCAGUACUCAGAGAAGUACUUUGAUGAUAACUUUGAAUACAGGCAUGUAAUCCUGCCACCGGAUUUGGCCAAACAUGUGCCCAAGGCGCAUCUGAUGACGGAGACGGAGUGGCGCAAUCUGGGCGUGCAGCAGAGUCCCGGCUGGGUGCACUACAUGGUCCAUGCGCCGGAGCCACAUGUGAUUCUAUUCCGCCGCAAACGAAUUCCGGCAGAGGACGCGCCACAGGUGGCUGCGGCAAAUGCAGCGCAGGCCAUUGCUAAUCUGUGCGGUUAACCAGGGAACCGGGAAUCCUCCCAAGAAACCCAAACCCAACACUCACGCAGUAUUUCAUAAGUUAGCAUCAGGCAGACACUGAUGUAAAAUUAAUACCCAUAGCUUUAGGAGCAAUUAAGCUGGCAAGUUCAAAGACACGAAACGAGGAAAUGGAGACGACGUUUUUGUUAAUUUCAUUAAGUUUAUUUACCUAAAAUACAAAUCGAAGCGUACACCCCCAGUGUACGCACUGUAAAGACA